AUGCCAUAUUAUUGUUGCGUUCCCGGUUGUAAAUCUGAUGGAAGCGGACAUACAUUCCCUUCUGAUCCAAACCUUAAAAAGUUAUGGCGAGUUGCUAUUCGUCGUGUCGACGAAAAGACUAAAGGUUUAUGGGAACCAGGCAAACAUUCCAAGGUCUGUUCGGAACACUUCUUGGACUCUGACUACGUUCAACAGACUCUACUCGGAGAACGCAAAAGAUUAAAACCUAAUGCUGUCCCUUCAGUAUUCUUACUCUCAUCUAGAAAUACUGCCAGUCCUUCUGCUAAAGCACGUAGUGAACGUCAAAAGAGACGAGAAGACAUAGUAACUCCUAGUGAUGUAGUGCCCACCCCUAGUGUAGGAGACAGUGUUAUCAUAGAAAGUGAACCUGAGAUAAUGAUAAAUACUCAACAUGUUGAAAAUGAUCAAUGUCAAUCAUUCAGUGAUAUGUCUGUUCAGUGCGAGAUUCAAGGGGGAAGACAAGGAUAUUCCAUCGAAAAUUAUCGCAGCUGUCCCAAGAUGCUCAAAUACUAUACAGGUUUCGAUGACUACGACCAUUUCAUGCUGUUUUUUAAUAUACUUGGUCCAGCUGCACAUGAUUUGCAGUUCAAAUCCUCUGUCUUGUCACCAGAAAAUCAGUUAUUUUUAACACUUAUGAAGUUACGCAGAGCAACAGAAAACAUUGAACUUGGUCAUCUCUUUCAUAUCAGUGAAACCACUGUUUCAACUCUGCUAAAUGUUUGGAUAAACUUUCUAUAUUUUCAAUUGAAAGAACUUGAUAUUUGGCCCUCACGAGAUAUUGUGGAUGAACACAUGCCAGAGAACUUUUCCCAAUUUAGCAAUACAAGAGUUAUUUUGGAUGCAACCGAAAUUCCGAUUCAUAAGCCACGCAAUGUCAAUGCCCAGAGCGCUACAUUCUCCUCAUACAAAAACAAAAACACUCUUAAGACUAUGGUUGGGUGCACACCAAAAGGUGCUAUUUCCUACAUAUCUGAUGCCUAUGGAGGCUCUGCAAGUGACCGUCAGAUUAUUGAGCGCUCUCGUCUUUUACAUGAUCGUUCAAUGUUUGAUUCAGGUGAUAGUAUCAUGGCAGACAGAGGAAUCAUGGUGCAAGAUCUGUUUGCAUCACGUGAUGUUAAAGUAAACACACCAACUAUGCUGAAGGGCAAAAGUCAGUUAGAUGCAGAAGAUGUAGUAAGAGAUCGGCGCAUUGCUUCCAAAAGAAUUCAUGUUGAACGAAUAUAA